GAGAUUUUGAAUUUCAUUAUAUCUCACUGUAUAUUUUAGCGGCACCAAAACUUAGUGUGUUUCCACUUGUUAAAAUUAUAGAAUUUGAGAAGAAUUUCACAGAGAUUCCUCCUUUUUUUAAACCACUAUCUACCCAUUACCAAACUCUCUUCUUUUUGCUCUCUCUGCAACAAAAAUGGGAGCUUUUUGCAACCAAGACAACUCUUUUACACCACUAAAUGGAUUCCCUGUAUCCCCUAAUCCCAGAUUACUCAAACAUGUUCAUGAUAAUGUCCAUGGCAACAUCUAUCUCGAUCCUCUUUCUUUGAAGUUUAUGGAUACUGAGCAGUUUCAAAGGCUUCGUGAGCUCAAACAGUUAGGUGCAACCCACCUGGUUUAUCCUGGGGCAACACAUUCCAGAUUUGAGCAUUCUCUUGGUGUUUAUUGGCUUGCUGGUGGAGCUGUGGAAAGGCUGAAAACUUACCAGGGUUUGGAGCUAGGUAUUGAUCACUUUGAUGUCCAGACAGUGAAGCUUGCAGGACUUCUGCAUGAUGUGGGCCAUGGUCCGUUCAGUCACUUGUUUGAACGUGAGUUUCUCCCCAGAGUUACCAAUGGUGCAAAAUGGUGUCACGAACAAAUGUCUGCAAGAAUGGUUGACUACAUUGUUGAUGAGCACCAUAUUGAUGUUGAGUCGGAAAUGAUGAGAAGAGUUAAGGAUAUGAUAUUAGCUAGCUCGGAGUUUGCACAGACAAAAGAAACAAAGGAGAAGCGCUUCUUAUAUGAUAUUGUUGCAAAUGGUCGAAAUGGAAUCGAUGUAGACAAGUUUGAUUACAUUUCCCGUGAUUGCAGAGCUUGUGGUAUAGGAUGCAGUUUUGAGUUUCCAAGGUUGAUGGAGACAAUGCGGGUAAUGGGUGAUGAAAUUUGCUAUCGUGCUAAGGAUUAUCUUUCCAUCUACAAGUUGUUUGUCACUCGUGCUGACCUUUAUCGGACUGUUUAUACUCAUCCAAAAGUAAAGGCAAUCGAGCUUAUGCUAGUUGAUGCCUUGUUGAAGGCAAAUGAUUAUCUGCAAAUAUCAUCUUAUAUUGAAGAUCCUUCUGAAUAUUGGAAGCUAGAUGACACAAUAAUCAAAACUAUCGAGACAGCUCCUGAUGUAGAACUGAGGGAGUCUAGGGAUUUGCUUCUGCGGAUACGUCGGAGAAACUUGUACCAGUUCUGUAAUGAGUAUGCUGUUCCUAAGGACAAAGUGGAAAACUUCAAAGAUGUCACAGCAAAAGACAUUGUUUGUUCGCAGAAAAAUGGUGGUGUUUUACUGAAGGAAGACGAUGUUGUAGUAAGCAAUGUUAGGAUUGAUUUGACUUGUGGAAGACAUAAUCCUCUUGAAAGAAUCAAUUUUUUCCAGGAUUAUGCGAGUGAUGAGAAAUUUCCGAUAUCUGAUGAUCGCAUCAGUCACUUGCUACCAGCGUCUUAUCAAGAUAUGAUAGUGAGGGUCUACUCGAAAAAGCCUGAAAUGGUAGCAGCAGUAUCCGAGGCUUUUGAAAAUUUCCAGUUGAAAACUUAUGGGAUAAAGGCACAAGUACAUGCAACUCCGGAGAAGAAGAAACGCCGUAUUUGAGGUUUCUAAACUGUAAUUAUUUAUAAUCCUUUUACUUUAUAUAGAAAAUCAACAUAAUAUGACAUGGUUGCCACAGAACAAACCAAUACAGUUUUGAUAUCAUAUGAUAUGCAAGAGUAAGUUUAUUUCACGACGCCUUCUCUUCUGUCAGAGUUGUUCCUGAACCUUGAAUUUGAACGGCAUUUAGUCAUUUUAUUAAGUAAAAUUGUAGAGUUGAAGGGACUGAAUUUUUUUCCUCCA